AGAGCAUAUGCCUUAAGAUUCCUCGGCUAAUUGCAUAUAAAUAUUCUUGUAAUUUUACUCCAUUUCAUUCAACUCAGAUAUUGCUUUCAAAUUAUCUUCCAUUGCAUUGCAACUCCUCUAAUCAGGAAGUUACACCCACAAGGAAGCUUUACAAAGAAAAAUAACUAAUUAAUCAAACAUAUAAUGGCAAAAGAACAACAGUUGCACGUUCUUAAGGCACUUGAUGUAGCUAAAACACAAUGGUAUCACUUCACUGCGAUUAUCAUUGCCGGUAUGGGAUUUUUCACAGACGCCUAUGAUCUUUUCAGCAUUUCCAUAGUCACAAAACUCCUCGGACGUAUAUACUACACUACUCCGAACCCAACAAGGCCCGGAUCUUUACCCAUCAAUGUCAGUGCUGCUGUCAAUGGUGUAGCCUUUUGUGGCACCCUUGCAGGGCAACUAUUCUUUGGGUGGCUUGGUGACAAGAUGGGUAGGAAGUCGGUUUAUGGCAUCACCUUACUUUUAAUGACCUUUUGUUCCAUCGCCUCUGGCCUAUCCUUCGGUAGCACACCAAAAGGUGUCAUGACAACUCUUUGUUUCUUUAGAUUCUGGCUUGGGUUCGGCAUUGGUGGGGACUAUCCACUAUCUGCCACAAUCAUGUCUGAGUAUGCUAACAAAAAGACACGCGGAGCAUUCAUCGCAGCGGUUUUUGCUAUGCAAGGGGUAGGGAUCUUAACCGGAGGUAUUGUGGCACUUAUUGUGUCAGCAGGGUUCGAGAGCAAAUACCACCCACCUUCAUUUGAAGAAGAUCCAGCUCGAUCACUUACACCUGAAGCUGACUACAUUUGGCGAGUUGUGUUGAUGUUUGGAGCAAUUCCUGCUGCCAUGACUUACUAUUGGCGUAUGCAAAUGCCUGAGACUGCUAGGUACACUGCACUGGUAGCCAAAAACGCUAAUAAAGCUGCUGAGGAUAUGUCCAAGGUGUUAAACGUUGAAAUCGAAGGUGAGGAUGACAAGCUUCAGAGAAUAGUCCAAGAUGAAAGGAACACCUUUGGACUCUUCUCUGCACAAUUCGCUCGACAGUACGGCUUACGUCUUCUUGGUACUACUAGUACAUGGUUCUUACUUGACAUCGCGUUUUACAGUCAAAACCUUUUCCAAAGCAACAUAUUUAGCUCUAUUGGAUGGCUUCCUGACGCGUCUAAGAUGAGUGCCAUCCGAGAAGUGUACAAGGUUGCUAGAGCACAGACCUUAAUCGCGCUAUGUGGAACAGUCCCAGGUUACUGGUUCACCGUUGGAUUAAUUGACAUCAUGGGAAGAUUUGCUAUCCAAAUGAUGGGUUUCUUCUUUAUGACAGUGUUCAUGUUUGCCAUCGCUAUCCCCUACGAACAUUGGCAACAAAGGGCAAAUAGGGUUGGAUUUCUAGUCAUGUAUGGUCUCACUUUCUUUUUUGCCAACUUUGGGCCUAAUUCAACCACAUUCGUGGUACCGGCUGAAAUAUUCCCGGCUAGGUUGAGGUCUACUUGUCAUGGUAUAUCAGCUGCGGCAGGCAAGGCUGGGGCAAUUGUAGGUGCAUUUGGUUUUUUGUAUGCAUCCCAGGAUAAGAACCCGGCUAGGAGGAGUCAAGGUUACCCACCGGGAAUUGGGCAGAAAAAUUCACUAAUUGUCCUUGGUGUGAUAAAUUUUUUAGGUAUGGUUUUCACCUUGUUGGUCCCUGAGCCUAAGGGUAUGUCGCUUGAAGAGGCGUCCGGCGAGGCUACAGCCGAAUCCGACGAUCAUGAUAAUGAAUUUGAUAUCCCAAAAAGGUUUGAAGGGACGAAUCGAAGCGACAUAGGGAUGGAUCUUAGUGGAUCGUGACAGCAAGGCCACUCUGCCGCUUACAAUACCCGUCGCGUAUUUAAUUCAAUGUAACAUAAGUAUAUAAUUUGUAUAUAUAUGCACAUCACAAUGUAUGUAUAAUGUAUGUACAUCCAUGCAUGGAGUAACUAUAAAUAUUGUGAAUCUUGAUAUAGAAUUGUGAAUUAACUUC